AUGAGUUCCACCGAUAACGACUUGUCAGAGCAACAAAAGGCCAGGACGGCCAAGAGGCGGGGCAAGGAUAGCAAUGAUGUCCAUGCAACAGGCAACUCAUCGUGGAAACAUCGUCGUGAAUACAGCACUUUCAGCUAUCAACCUUUGCCACGCAGCCAGGGGACCAUUCGGAUCCUUGAGCUGUUCUCUAGCGAAACUUCGGCCGCUGGAGUUCUUUGUGCAUUGAUCACACCAGGCGAGAACGAGAGACACCAAUAUCCUUAUGAGGCCUUGUCAUGGUGCUGGGGCACAGCAGGCAAGUCUGCUGAGAUCAGGAUUCAACGCAAUCGCAAGACAUACAUCAAGAAAGUGAGCCCGAACCUCGUGGCUGCGAUGAAGGCACUACGCUACCCGGACCGUAGCCGCUAUCUAUGGAUUGAUAUGGUUUGCAUCGAUCAAGAUGACCUGGGUGAGAAGAAUCAUCAAGUCGAGAUGAUGAACAUAAUUUACGGCAACGCUUCGCGAGUUUGCAUUUGGCUUGGGGACGCGACAGAGUCCAGUCGCAUGGCACUCCGCUUCAUCAAGAAAGAAGUCUCACAUUUACGAAGCUUCGACACCCUCUGUGACAGUCAGGACGCGAGCAAGAAAUGGGUUGCGUUACUAGAUCUCAUGCAAAGACCAUGGUUUUCACGACGGUGGGUUGUUCAAGAAUUGGCCUUGGCAAAGAACCCCAUCAUCUACUGCGGCAGAGAUAGGAUCUCUUGGAAGAAAUUCGCUGUUGCCGUGGAACUCUUCGUGGAGGUGGAAACAGCGACGCAUCGCCUGUCCGAGGUUAUGAAGAAAGAUCGACAGUACCAGUAUAUUCCCAGUGUUUUCGACUAUGUCUCUGCCCUCGGCGCCAGCCUGCUUGUUGAUGCGACAGAGCGCCUGUUUCGCGACUACAAGAAAUCCGAAGUAGCGCAACCCAUGCCAGACCCUCAGGCACAGAUUGAGUCAAUCACCGAUUCGGAUAGCGAAGCCUCUUUGUACACAAGCGACAGCGAAGACGACUACACAUCUGCACCCCUUCAUUCAAGCCAUGCAGAGGACGUAUCUGGUAGCUCGAGACAUCGUAUACAGCCUCUUCUGAGUCUGGAAUAUCUGGUAUCAAGCUUGACCAUUUUCGAUACCACCGUUCCUCACGACACAAUUUAUGCACUGCUUGCGAUUGCGAAGGACACCACGCCACGAGCUGUAAGCGUACAUGCUGCUGUUACAUCUAGAAGCGCUCAAGCAGGCCUUGAGGUUUACACGCAGCGCAAGAGCUACAACGUCGACUACAAACUGCCGUACGUAGAUGUAUGCAAGGACUUCAUUCAGUUCUCGAUCGACCGUUCCCUUCACGGCAACGCAAGUCGCGCGUUGGAUGUCAUUUGCCGCCCAUGGGCCAUCGAAGAGAGGAAGCUACAAAAGAUCCGGGAUACCAAGGAGAAGGAGAAGGAGAAAGAACAAAGAAGGAAGAAGAGAGAGAAGGAUCUUGAAGCACGCCGCAAGGGACGCGAGAGCCGUAAAGCACUUUCCAAUCAUGCCGAGUUUCCUGACCCACCUGAGGGAGCACCCGUUCAGAACGUAUCUACGAUUGCUGAAUCGGGGGAUAUGGCAUUACCUUCCUGGGUACCACAACUCUCGAAUGCACCAUACGCGAUGGCCCAACGGCCGGGGUUGACCGGCCCCAAGAUGAGUCGCAUUAACGCCGAUCCUUUGGUUGGACUUCCAAGUUCCUACUCUGCUGCUGAGACCAAGGGCGUCGACAUCAAGGCGCUCCGAUUUCGUAAGCGACUGAAACCUGGACACUUUGACGAGGGUCGAUUCAGCAUGUACGUCCGCGGCUUCAAGCUGGAUGUUAUAAAGGAUGUCACCCAGGUAUCUCGCAACGGGCACAUUCCCGCAGAAUGGCUUGAUCUUGCAGAGUGGGAAGACGGAAAAGGGCUCCCACCUGAUAUGUUUUGGCGGACGCUCGUCGCCAACCGGGGCAAAGAUGGCAAGAACCCACCCGUAUACUACUCGCGGGCUUGCCAAGAAUCGUUCAGAAAAGGUGGUCUUGAGAGCGGCGCAAUCGACACUACCGCGCUCAUCGAGUACGAACGCAACUCUGUCGUCGCCCAGUUCUGUCGCCGCGUGCAGGCCGUCACGUGGAACCGUGCUCUUGUGCGUACCGAUCUCGGGACACUAGGGCUAGUCGGGAAAGAUGUCCAAAAAGGCGACUUGGUCUGCAUACUCUACGGAUGCAGUGUUCCGGUCGUGCUGCGGGAAUGUCCCAAGAAGACUGAAGAAGUAUUCGAGGAAGAGAUGGAACAAGAACUGGUCGACGUCAAGAAUACCGUCGUGCAGAAAUUAAGGCAAUACAUCUUGCGUAAACGACGACAUGAAGUUUGGAAAGACAAAGAGAUGGCAAAGUUAUGCCGAGCAUGGCUGAGAACCACCGACUACAUACGUAAGCUCGGCAUUGAUUCUACCAAAAUAUCAGCCAAGUACAAGCAAGAUGCCGAGAGCAUCCUUCUACACACCUUGAAGCAAUUCACAUCCGACUUCAAAUCCUGGUUAUGCGAAGAGCGCAAGAAGGCAUGGCCCGCAUUUAAGACCCACAUUGAUGAGGAGGUGAAUGAGCGAAAGGAGUACCCUAGAAGGAAAGUGAAUAGGCCAGGUAAAAAGGAGACGGACGAAAACCUGCGAAGACAGACAUCACGAAAACGGAGACAAUCACUGGGUGCUGCGACCAUGCUGGGGAGAAUUACAGAAGCACCAACAACGACUGAAGCAACUGCUCCUACCGCUUCUAAGGAUGGGCCUGCACCCAUCAAGAAAAAGAAACCAUUGGUGGACUGGUGGGAGUUCGAACUGGCACUUGUUGCUGGUAGGCGCUGGUUGCAAAUGGCCAGAAAAGCGAAGGCCGAUCGGAUCGCCUUUGCACUGCGGAAAAGUGAAGAGGAAUGGAAAGAGGUACAGCGUGGCGAGUACAAGGGAGUCAGAGAACUCGUUGAAAGAGAAAACAGAAAGAAGCUCGAGAGACAGGCCGACGAACACCGAUACUGCGUAAUGAGUGAACACGGCACCCACAACGGAGGUGUGGCUGGCGGCCACGAGAUAGCGAAUAAGGGACCUGGAAGAAACGACUCACCGAGAAGAGGCAAUGAGGAGCAUCGGAACGGGUACGGCGAUGAAGACUCUCAGAACCAUGGAGACAACGAUGAGCCUUACAGCACUGAGGAAUACGAAAGGACAGAGAGGGAGACUGAUCCAUACGACGGUGACCACAAGACAAAAGAGGAACCCCACAGAAACGGAGAGACGCCACAAACAAGUUCGAGCUUGCCACAUUCGAUUCCCAUUACUGGACAUGCGCCGCCCGUUAUGCCAGAGACCAUUCGGCCUAGCUGGCGCCGUCCCACAAACAGAACGAGAUUGACAAAGAGCCAGGCGGUCGACUACAAGAGCAAAGUUAUGGAGAACCUACGUGAGAGACUCGGCGAGGAAGGCUACUUUUCUUACACGCUUCUUGGCGAGUGUUACAUUCAUGGGAUGAUGGACGGUGAGGCGAUGCAGCACCAGAAUGAGGGUGCUGAAGGGGUGAUUCCUUCGAUGGUGUUUGAGAUUCGCUGA